AAGCUAAAUCCCCUCCCUUUUCUUUUUUCCUGCCGAUAAACCCCCCUGACGCUUUGCAGAACCCAAAGAAACCUUCCGGCUCUCAUCAAUGGCGCCCAAAAUCCUCUCCGCAUUCAUCUCUCCUCUUCCUCUCCCUCGCCACCUCACCAACCUCCAUUCCAGAGUCCUCACCGCUCGCAAGUCACCGCCACCUCGUCCUAUCCUCUGCAAAUCCCCACCCGAACUAGCCGAAUCCGAAUCCGGCGGCACCGGAGCCGCAUCCCCGACCCGCGGGGACAACUUCCUCCACCGCCAGCGGUCCGUCGAGGCGGCGAAGCUCGUGAUGAAAGAGAUGAAGCCGAAAGACGCGAAGAAGAUGAAGAGGGAGAAGCUCCCGAAGGUCAGCUCCGCGGUUGCUUCUUGUUACGGUUGCGGAGCUCCGCUUCAGACGUCGGAAAUGGAUGCUCCUGGUUACAUCGACCCCGACACUUACCAAUUGAAGAAGAAACACCACCAGCUUAGGACGGUGCUCUGCCGGAGGUGCCGCCUCCUGUCUCAUGGCCACAUGAUAACCGCCGUGGGUGGAAAUGGCGGUUAUUCUGGCGGUAAGCAGUUUGUUACUGCUGAAGAGCUGAGAGACAAGUUAUCUCAUUUGCGUCACGAGAAAGCCCUCAUCGUCAAAUUGGUUGACAUUGUUGACUUCAACGGCAGUUUUUUGUCUCGUGUACGUGAUCUUGUUGGUGCAAAUCCCAUCAUAUUGGUUGUAACAAAGGUGGAUCUACUUCCUAGAGGGUCCGAUCUUAACUGUAUUGGCGAUUGGGUUGUUGAAGCUACUACAAAGAGAAAGCUCAACGUUCUUAGCGUCCAUCUUACUAGUUCGAAGUCAUUGAUUGGGAUUGCUGGAGUCAUUUUGGAAAUCCAAAAGGAGAAAAAGGGACGGGACGUUUACAUCCUGGGUUCAGCCAACGUAGGCAAAUCUGCAUUUAUCAGUGCUUUACUGAGGCUGAUGGCAGAGAAAGACCCUAUUGCUGCAGCAGCUACGAGAUAUAAACCUGUGGAAUCUGCUGUCCCUGGAACAACCUUAGGGCCAAUUCAAAUUGAGGCUUUCCUAGGGGGAGGGAAAUUAUUUGACACACCUGGAGUACAUCUCCACCAUAGGCAAGCGGCAAUUGUUCAUGCCGAAGAUCUUCCUUCUCUUGCUCCUCAAAAUAGGCUUAGAGGUCAAACAUUUCCGGUAAACACUCUUUUUCCUUGGGUUGUAUUUGUAUUGGCAGACUAUAGCAUCCGUUGUUAUAUGUCUGAUGUGCUCCCUGAUGUAUCUCAGGUGACUAGCAGUGUUGAACCCAGUUCCUUAAAUGGGUUUUCGGUAUUUUGGGGAGGCCUUGUUAGGAUUGACAUUUUAAAGGUUCUUCCAGAAACAAAUCUAACAUUUUAUGGACCCAGAGGUUUACAGAUUCAUAUGGUACCCACUGCCAAAGCAGACAGGUUUUACCAGGAAAAUCUCGGAUUACUCUUGACUCCUCCAACUGGUAAAGACAGAGCAUGCAACUGGAAAGGCCUCGAAACAGAGCAUCAGUUGCUUAUUAAGUUCGAAGAUAUAGACAGGCCCGCUUGUGAUGUGGCUAUAUCAGGUCUUGGGUGGAUAUGUGUUGAACCAGUGAAAAAGUCACUUGCAAAUCCUGAGUUAGCUUUCCAGGAAACACCCAAAGAACUGCAUUUUUCAGUCCAUGUUCCCCGGCCUGUUGAGAUAUUUGUUAGACCUCCUAUGCCAGUGGGCAAGGCUGGAGGAGAGUGGUAUCAAUACCGAGACCUGACGGAGAAGGAAGAGGAAGUGAGACCAAAAUGGAACUUUUGAUGCUUUAGUUUCCGUGACUACUUGUACAUAAUUGAUGAUGGACGCCUUCACAGUGGAACGGGAACUUGUUGCCUGAACACAUUCUUGUGAGGUGCAUAGCUGACUCAGGUUUCAGUAGGUAUCUUGGAGUUUCUGGGCUUGUGGUAUAGAGACACCGAGAGUUGAUGUUACAUUCAGCGAUGGAGCUAAAGAUGUUUCGGCACGGGUCCUCUCAAUGUCAUAGGGACAAAGGCGUGAACAUAUUGGAAGGUCUUCCCCUGACCCCGGAGCUGAGUUCUCAUGAUACCUACAGAUAUGGCAGUACAGUGUUUGUUUUGCAUGUUCAUAUCGAUGUGUAAAUUAGUAACGGCGCCGUUUUUUUUUGCUAAAACAGUAACGGCGCCGCUUGUCAGAUGAUAUGUAAUGCCAAAUUAUUGAGUUCUGAUUAAAAUCAGUGUUUGAUUCUUAUUGA